AUGAUGAUGUUGAGGCAAGGCAACACAAGGUGUGAAGACUGUGGCAACAAAGCCAAGAAAGAAUGUGGGUUCAUGAGGUGCCGGACUUGUUGUAGGAGCAAAGGGUAUCAGUGCCAAACUCAUAUCAAAAGCACUUGGGUUCCUGCCUAUAGAAGGCAUCGAACCCACCCACAGAUCUCUCAUAACCCUACAAGGCUUAGACAAAAUCCUUCUUCAGGGUUAGAAGUGGGGAAUUUUCCGGCGGAAGUGAUUUCUCCGGCGACAUUCCAGCGUGUUCGAGUGAGCUCCAUGGAAGAUGAAGAUGAUGAAUAUGCUUAUAGGACAAGUGUGAACAUUGAAGGACGUGUGUUCAAGGGUCUUCUCUAUGAUCAAGGCCCUCACCACUCAUUAGGCGAAAGCUCCUCUCGAGAUCAGACACAUUUGCAUCAACAGCAGCCGAAUCAAAUCAUUGCAGCUGACCCUCUAACAAUGGCUACUACAACUACUACUACUUCGACUACUGUAGAAACUCUUCUUCCCUUCGCGUAUGCAUCUCCCUUUAAUGCUUUCAUGUCACCUAGUACGCAGUUUUUCCUCCACCAACCAAAGCCUUAG